AUGGCACAAUUUAUAAAUAUUUCAUUAAAAUUACGCUUAUUUUUUUUAUUUUAUCAAUUCACAGGCGAUCGAACUGUAGCACGUUGGAUGCAGCCACCGCACAAAAGCUACAGAAGUUCCACAAGGUACAAGGGGUUUAUAGAAGCACGGGUCCCCGCAAAGGAGAACUCCAUCCAGAAGGACAACCCAAACAGCCACUUCUACUCGGCACGGGUGAGGUAUGCUUUGGAGUUGGCCUCCAAGUUCCACGAGUCAUCCCUGGUCUACUCCGUGGACAACAAGAACAAAAUUCUUCUUGGCGACCAGGUUGCGGCAGUGGACCGGCAUCUCAAGAUUCAUCGGUUCUUCCCCUCUGGUGACUGCCCAAACCUCCCUGACCAUGAUUUCCCCACUCCAGGGUAUUUCAUAGUUCCAUGUGGCUACCUUCAGAUGCUUCCUCCGGCCCUUCCAUCUACCCUGACGAAGGACGACCUUGGGCGGGACCAGUACGAAUAUAACAUAAUAAUAACGCGAGUCAAGACAACACGUUGGUACUGUAAAGUCACGGUACUCAUAAGCUCAUACAUGCGUAUAGUCCACUUUCUAUUGAUUAUAUUCAAGGGAACAUCGCCCGUGAUAACAACGAAAUAUAGCAGUUCGGCAUUGAACCCCGUGGAGCGGCUGUGGGCCCCGUGCACCCGGGCAUUGACCUCCACGUCGAUACCCGCAGCGCUCCCCGGGGAGCUGCCUCCCAAGCGGCAGUCCCUCAGCCAAGAUGAACGAGAAAGGAAGGAUGCAGAGGUGUUCAACAAUGCCAUGGAACGCGUCAAACACUAUUGGAAGGGGCUCCACUACGCUGGGCAUCCGGUCACCACCAUCACAACGCCCAGCGGAACCCAAGAUGCGCCCUUUAAUGACUUUGAUCGUGUUCACACUGCAGUGUCAUCAUCGGCGACUAGGCUGCGGGAGGAUCGAGCAGUGAAUGAUGAAUACAAGUUCGUCAUGCGACACAUGGAUCGGCGCAUUGGCAUGGUGAUUUUUGCUAAAUGUGCCGAUCCAGGGUGUCAGCACUGCUCGUCCAACCCCCCAGUUGCUGGUGAUAUGCUGCAGUGUGUGCGCGACUUUCCCACACCAGUUCCUUCAUUGGACCACCCAGGUCAUUUCUUUACAUUCAUAGAGGCCCUUCGACGUGGCAGAGACCCCCCAUGUGAGCACAUGCCGUUGUUCCAACAAAAGUCGUUAGGCCGCUGUAAAGAGACAGGGUGCAAGUAUGUGUUUACUAGGAAAAAGGACAUCGACGAUCACAGGAGAAAGCUUCACAGAUAAACAGUCAUGAUCAAGAAGUAUGGAUACAGCAAAAUAGCAAAGUCAUAGGUGAUUUUUUUUCCAGACAGGAUUUUUAAUAGUACCUACAUGUAAUACUUUUUAAGCAUGUUUCUGAAGAUUACAUUUGGACCGGAUUAUUUAAUUUGGUCAGCAGAUUAUUUUAUUAAUGGUUUCUAAUAAAGCACCUUUUCUACAUAUUGUCUUAGUGUCUGGCCAAUUUCGCAGACCAAUGCAAACAAAAAACACAGGGUCUGAAUAUCAAUUCUACUACAGGUUGCAAUCGAAAAGUACUGAUGGCAAAUCUUACAUCUUAUGUUAAAAUCUAAAUUUUUAGGGUGUUAGUUUAUUUAUUUAGUUUAACCUAACACAAUAAAGCAAGACCAAGUUCCCGAUUUUUUUUUUGGAAUUUUUAAAAUUGUUUUGCGAAAUGUAUAAGAUCUCGAUAAACUUACCGCCGGAAUUUACUCCGGUACUUUGACGCCGGUAAAUCUAUUUGGUAAUGGAACAGGAAAGUGCAUUGGUGAUAAUUCUACCUUGAGAAGUUAAGUAUGUGCAAAAUUGUUUUUAUUGUGUUUAUCCGUGGAGCUAUAAAAGCUGGGAAUUGUUUCUGUUCUCGGAACCAAUCGCCGAAUUGCCGCAAGUAUUCUUAUAAUCAUGUUCAUUUUGGAAACUGAGCUCGGUGUCUGAUAAUCUGAAAAUGCUUUUCAGUCAACAGCUGUUCACAAUUUAUAAAUGUACAUUCGUAGAAUUCCAAUACAAAGUGAAGAUCGUGCACAAUAUAAAUUUUAACUCUAGAACUCACUGCCGGCACGCCGAGGCGGGCCGUGUGUAUCCACGGUGUAUGAAAUGCGUUCGGCCGUGACGCCUAUUGUUAUGCGUGUUUUCCUCCAGCGCCGCACAGCGCCGGGCAUCGGCGGGGCGAGGGAGGCCGUGAGCACGGCGCUCUCCGGCGCUAGUCGGCGCAGUGAAGCGGAUCGCAGCGCGCCGAGUAAAUUAUUAAGGACGCUGGCCCUAAGAUAUUUAUCUUAUCUGGCUCUUUACUGAUAAUUUCUCUCACCCAAGAGAGACGUUACUAACUAUCUCCCCCCCCCCCCCCCUGUUCUCCCUUCUCUUGCAUUCUUUUUUGUGUGUUAAGCUUCAAUCAAAGUUUAUACACAAGACAAAUUGCUGUUUCCUUUUAAAAUGUCGGUAGUUUCUCGUGUACAUUUUGAUAUAGCAUUAAAUUCUUGGUUUCCAUCAUUUAUUAGGGGCCUGCAUGACAGGAGGCCAAGGCGAGGGAGGACAUAGCUUCAUUCUUGAAGUAUGCCCCACUAACAAGCCCGGAGGGACAAGAUUCAGGGUAAUAUUAAUUACACCAAAUUACUGUGAACAGUAUUUAAGUUGCUUGUUAAAUAAACAAGUAAGCCUGGGCCUACAGAGUAAGAAAACACUCUUUUAUAUAAACGCAAAGUUAUCGUAAUGUCGACUUCACACUAAUGGCUGAAGACAACAUGUAAUAUCUAUCCAAGAUAUACAAACUUGUACACUAGAAGUUGUUUGCAGAUAGUGUACUCUUUACCAGACCUGCCUU